AUGGUUGCACGCAGCCCAGAUCCCGAUUCAAAUUUGACCUCUUUCAAAUCCCAAGAAGUGACAAUCAUUCCACCUUUUCAAAACACACUGAAAGUAAAGGCUGGCAACCCCUCUCACAAUGGCCGUGUGUGCAGCACAUGGGGUAACUUCCACUUCAAAACCUUUGAUGGGGACAUCUUUUACUUCCCUGGAGUCUGCAAUUACAUCUUUGCAUCCAACUGCAAGUCUUCCUAUGAGGACUUCAACAUCCAGAUUAGGCGUACAAUGGCGGAAAAUGCUACCGUGAUCACUCACGUCAUCAUGAAGCUGGAAGGAGCAGUGAUUGAACUGACCCGUGGCUCUGUCCGGCUAGACAACAAAUUGGUUCAGAUGCCCUACAGCCAUAUGGGAGUCUUGAUAGAGAGAAGUAACAACUAUCUGAAAGUUUCUGCCAAGUUAGGACUGACCUUCCUUUGGAAUGAACAGGAUGCCCUCCUGGUGGAACUAGAUAAGAAAUAUGCCAAUCAGACUUGUGGACUUUGUGGGGACUUCAAUGGAAUUCCAGUUAACGAUGAAUUUAUUUCAGGGAAGACAAAACUAACUCCCAUACAGUUUGGUAAUAGGCAGAAGAUGGAUGGACCCACAGAGCAGUGUGAUGAUCCUAUUCCUUCUACUGUUCAGAUGAACUGCUCAGCAGAAUUUGCUUCUAUCUGUGAGACAGUAUUAACCAGUAAAGCAUUUACGAGCUGCAACAUGCUUGUCAAUGUUCAGGACUACAUCGAAACUUGCAUACAAGACCUAUGCCACUGUGAUAGUUCUAUGGCUGACUUCUGUAUGUGUAACACUUUUGCUGAAUACUCCCGGCAGUGUGCUCAUGCAGGUGGACAACCUCUGAACUGGAGAACCUCACAACUGUGUCCCAAAUCAUGUCCGUUCAACAUGCAAUACCAUGAGUGUGGCUCUCCCUGCUCUGACACGUGCAGCAACCCGGAACGAUCUGCACUUUGUGAAGACCAUUGUACAGAUGGCUGCGUCUGUCCUCCAGGAAUGGUGUUUGAUGACGUUAAUGGUGCUGGCUGCAUUCCCCGUAGAGAAUGCCACUGUACCUAUGAAGAUGAAACAUAUGCUCCUGGUGCCUCCUUCUCAUCUAAAUGCAGAUCAUGUACCUGUGUUGGAGGUGAAUGGUCUUGUGUCACUCAGUCAUGCCCUGGGACUUGCAGUAUUGAAGGAGGCUCCCACAUUUCAACAUUUGAUGAGAAACAUUACUCUUUCUUCGGAGACUGUAGCUAUGUCCUAACCAAGCUCUGUGACAGCAAUGAAUUCACAGUUCUGGGAGACAUCCACAAGUGUGGCCUGACUGAAACUGAGACGUGCCUCAAGGGUAUAGCCAUCAGCCUGAGUGGAGGACAAACUAACAUUGUGAUCCAACCUUCUGGUAGUGUAUUUGUGAAUAUGAUCUACACACAGCUGCCAUUCUCAGCAGCAAAUGUCACCAUCUUCAGACCUUCAUCCUUCUUCAUCAUUCUGCAAACAACCUUUGGUCUUCAGCUACAGGUUCAACUUGUGCCUUUCAUGCAACUUUUUAUAGACUUAGACCCCUCACAUAAAGGGCAGACCUGUGGUCUCUGUGGAAACUUCAAUGACAUGCAGACAGAUGAUUUCAAAACCACCAGUGGUGUAAUAGAGGGUACUUCAGCUGCCUUUGGCAAUACUUGGAAAACUCGGGCUGAUUGUCCUGAUGCCAAAAAUACCUUUGAGAACCCCUGUACUGUCAGCAUACAAAAUGACCAGUAUGCUCAGCACUGGUGCGGACUGCUCUCUGAUACUAUGGGACCUUUUGCUGAAUGUCACUCAACAGUGAAUCCAGAAGUUUACCAGAAGAACUGCAUGUUUGACACGUGUAACUGUGAGAAGAGUGAGGACUGCAUGUGUGCUGCCCUUUCAAGCUAUGUCAGAGCCUGUGCUGCUAAAGGAGUUCUCCUCCCUGGAUGGAGAAGCAAAGCCUGCACAAAAUACACCACCUUGUGUCCGAAAUCUUUGAAGUACACUUACAAUGUUGAUACCUGUCAACCCACCUGCCGGUCUCUGAGUGAGCCUGAUGUCACAUGCAGCAUUAAGUUUGUCCCAGUUGACGGCUGCACCUGCAUAAAUGGAACAUACAUGGAUGAAACUGGCAAAUGUGUGCCUGCAUCUAGCUGUCCUUGUUACUACAAAGGAAUGCCUCUGUCUUCCGGAGAAGUUAUUCAUGAUAACGGUGUUGUCUGCACUUGCACGUACGGAAAACUGAGCUGCAUUGGAGAGAAACCUGAACCAGUCUGUGUACCUCCCAUGGUUUAUAUCGACUGUGGUAACGCCACUGCAGAUGUGGUAGGAGCAGGAUGCCAGAAGAGCUGUCAGACUCUAGAUAUGGAAUGCUACAGAACUCACUGCGUCUCUGGCUGUGUAUGUCCUCAUGAUCAAGUGUUAGAUGGCAAAGGAGGUUGUAUAGCUCCAGAAGACUGUCCAUGUAUUCACAAUGGGAAUUCCUACAAUCCAGGAGAAUCAAUCAGAGUUGGCUGUAACAACUGCACAUGUAGAAACAGAAAAUGGCAUUGCUCUGAGGAACCCUGCCUGGAAACGUGUUCUGUUUAUGGAGAUGGGCAUUAUACCACCUUUGAUGGCAAACGCUUUGAUUUUGAAGGAGACUGUGAAUAUGUUCUGGUCCAGAACUAUUGUGGUCAACAAGCUAUGAAUCAGGGAACCUUCAGAGUCAUCACUGAGAACAUUCCAUGUGGCACUACAGGAACCACCUGCUCUAAAUCUAUUAAAGUUUUCUUGGGGAACUAUGAGCUGGUACUCAGUGAUGGACACUCUGAUGUCAUCCAGAGGACACCUGGAGGAAAAAUGCCAUUCCAAAUCCGUUCCAUGGGUAUCUACCUAGUAGUUGACACCACUGCUGGUCUGAUACUCAUGUGGGACAAGAAGACCAGUAUAUUCAUCAAACUUAGUCCCAGCUUUCAGGGACAUAUUUGUGGACUUUGUGGAAACUAUGAUGGCAAUGGAAAUAAUGACUUCACUACUCGCAGUCAGUCUGUGGUAGGAAAUGUGCUGGAGUUUGCCAAUAGCUGGAAAGUGUCUUCUAGUUGCCCAAAUGCCAAUCGUACGAAGGAUCCAUGCACUGCAAACCCAUACAGGAAAGCCUGGGCACAGAAGCAAUGCAGCAUCAUUACCAGUGAAGUGUUUGCAAAGUGUCACUCCCAGGUUGAACCAAACGAAUAUUAUCAAGCAUGUGUGGAUGAUGCUUGUGCCUGCGACACUGGAGGAGACUGUGAAUGUUUCUGCACAGCAGUAGCUGCCUAUGCUCAAGCAUGCAAUGAGCUGGACAUUUGCAUUUCAUGGAGAACCCCAUCCAUAUGUCCUCUAUUCUGUGAUUACUACAAUCCACAAGGGGAAUGUGAGUGGCACUACAAACCAUGUGGAGCCCCUUGUAUGAAGACCUGCAACAAUCCAAGUGGGAACUGCCUUCAUGAGAUGAGAGGUUUGGAAGGCUGCUAUCCACACUGUCCAAAAAAUAAGCCCUAUUUUGAUGAAGAAACCAUGACCUGUGUUUCUAAUUGUGGUUGUUAUGAAAAUGGGAAAAAUUACAAACCAGGAAUGGAGAUGCCUCCAAAGCAGAAUUGUGAAUCAUGUGAAUGUACAAUUCAUGGCAAAGAAUGCAGAUAUAACGAACACGAAUGUGUCUGCUUCUAUGAGGGACAGAAAUAUAACUACAAAGAUGUGGUCUACAACACUACAGAUGGAACAGGAGGGUGUAUUGUUGCAAUCUGUGGUUCCAAUGGAACACUUGAAAGGAUUAUCUAUGAGUGUCCAAUCUCAACGUCACCCACAACAGCAACAACAUUUCAUUUCAGCACUACACCACCUGCCAGUACUUCCACAGUGUCACCAACCACAUCAGUAUGUGUUCAUGAAGUCUGUGAGUGGUCAGAAUGGUAUGAUGGCAGUCUGCAAACCCCCGGCUAUGACGGUGGAGAUUUUGAAACCUUCAAUGAUUUAAGAGCUAAAGGUUAUGAAGUUUGUAAAGCUCCACGGGAUGUUCAAUGCAGAGCAGAAAAAUUCCCUGAUAUACCACUGAAAGACCUUGGCCAAAAAGUAGAAUGCAGUACAACAGCUGGGCUUAUAUGUUACAACAAAGACCAAAUUUCAACAAUGUGCAAUAAUUAUGAGAUCAGAGUCCUAUGCUGUGUUUUUGUACCAUGCUCUUCUUCAACAUAUCCAGUCUCUACAACUUCUGAAAGUACAACAUUGAUACAUUCAACAUCUGAAGAAACAACAACCACAACCAUAAUGACAACACCGCUCACCACCUUUACUUCAACACCUUCUCUUUGCUUUAAAGAAGAAUGUUACUGGUCCAGAUGGUAUGAUGUCAGUUAUCCAGGGUCUGGUUAUGAUGAUGGAGAUUUCGACACCAUUCAGAACAUUAAAAAAAAAGGAUACAAAGUCUGUGCUAACAGAAGGGAUGUGGAAUGCAGAGCAGUGAGGUUUCCUAACACACCAUAUCCUCUCCUGGAGCAAAAUAUCCUGUGCAAUACAGAAGAAGGCUUGAAAUGUUACAAUAAAGACCAAUUGCCGCCGAUUUGCUAUAAUUAUGAACUAAGAUUUAAAUGCUGUGAAAAUAUAACAGUACCAUGCCAAACAACCACUGAAAGUAUUAGUACUGCAAAAACAACAGAACCAACUACACUUUCUUCAACAGGAUUCAGUACAACAUCCACAGAAGUAUCAACAACUCCACACUUGAUAACAAAACACAAGACAACACCACCAGAAACAAAUGCACCACAAACAGAUCACAUUAUUACAAGAACUACAACUAAAAAAACAGCACAAACUCAAAAAGAAACAACUACUGCCACGACCACAACGCCCUUGACAAUUACAACUACACCACGCACUGGACACCAGACCACCACCACUACGACAGUAACCACCCCCUGUGAACCCGAAGUGUGCACCUGGAGCGAAUGGUUCGACGUCGACUUCCCCUCCGCCGGGCCCAACCAGGGAGACUUCGAAACCUACCAGCACAUCCGGGCCGCCGGGAAGCACGUCUGCCAGCGUCCAAAGGAGAUCGAGUGCCGGGCGGAGGACUACCCCGACGUUCCCGUCCAGCAGGUGGGGCAGGUCGUGCAGUGCGACGUCCACUAUGGACUGGUGUGCAAGAACGAGGACCAGACUGGAAAAUUCAAGAUGUGCCUCAACUACAGGAUACGCGUCCUCUGCUGCACCCCCAACUACAACUGCGUAAGCCCCACCACCAGCCCCACCACCAGCCCCACCACCAUCACCAGGCCCACGGCAAGCAGCACGCUCCCAACCUCCACCUCAGUCACGACCUCCACCUCCACCUUCCACUCUUCCACCACGCUGCCCACCUCCUCAGAAACCACGUCCACUUCCACCACCACCACCAGCCCCACGCCAACGCCUCCCACAGCCACUCCCACCAUCACCUCCACCACGUCCACCACCCCCUGUGAACCCGAAGUGUGCACCUGGAGCGAAUGGUUCGACGUCGACUUCCCCUCCGCCGGGCCCAACCAGGGAGACUUCGAAACCUACCAGCACAUCCGGGCCACCGGGAAGCACGUCUGCCAGCGUCCAAAGGAGAUCGAGUGCCGGGCGGAGGACUACCCCGACAUUCCCGUCCAGCAGGUGGGGCAGGUCGUGCAGUGCGACGUCCACUAUGGACUGGUGUGCAAGAACGAGGACCAGACUGGAAAAUUCAAGAUGUGCCUCAACUACAGGAUACGCGUCCUCUGCUGCACCCCCAACUACAACUGCGUAAGCCCCACCACCAGCCCCACCACCAGCCCCACCACCAUCACCAGGCCCACGGCAAGCAGCACGCUCCCAACCUCCACCUCAGUCACGACCUCCACCUCCACCUUCCACUCUUCCACCACGCUGCCCACCUCCUCAGAAACCACGUCCACUUCCACCACCACCACCAGCCCCACGCCAACGCCUCCCACAGCCACUCCCACCGUCACCUCCACCACAUCCACCACCCCCUGUGAACCCGAAGUGUGCACCUGGAGCGAAUGGUUCGACGUCGACUUCCCCUCCGCCGGGCCCAACCAGGGAGACUUCGAAACCUACCAGCACAUCCGGGCCGCCGGGAAGCACGUCUGCCAGCGUCCAAAGGAGAUCGAGUGCCGGGCGGAGGACUACCCCGACGUUCCCGUCCAGCAGGUGGGGCAGGUCGUGCAGUGCGACGUCCACUAUGGACUGGUGUGCAAGAACGAGGACCAGACUGGAAAAUUCAAGAUGUGCCUCAACUACAGGAUACGCGUCCUCUGCUGCACCCCCAACUACAACUGCGUAAGCCCCACCACCAGCCCCACCACCAGCCCCACCACCAUCACCAGGCCCACGGCAAGCAGCACGCUCCCAACCUCCACCUCAGUCACGACCUCCACCUCCACCUUCCACUCUUCCACCACGCUGCCCACCUCCUCAGAAACCACGUCCACUUCCACCACCACCACCAGCCCCACGCCAACGCCUCCCACAGCCACUCCCACCGUCACCUCCACCACGUCCACCACCCCCUGUGAACCCGAAGUGUGCACCUGGAGCGAAUGGUUCGACGUCGACUUCCCCUCCGCCGGGCCCAACCAGGGAGACUUCGAAACCUACCAGCACAUCCGGGCCACCGGGAAGCACGUCUGCCAGCGUCCAAAGGAGAUCGAGUGCCGGGCGGAGGACUACCCCGACAUUCCCGUCCAGCAGGUGGGGCAGGUCGUGCAGUGCGACGUCCACUAUGGACUGGUGUGCAAGAACGAGGACCAGACUGGAAAAUUCAAGAUGUGCCUCAACUACAGGAUACGCGUCCUCUGCUGCACCCCCAACUACAACUGCGUAAGCCCCACCACCAGCCCCACCACCAGCCCCACCACCAUCCCCACCCCCAUCACCAGGCCCACGGCAAGCAGCACGCUCCCAACCUCCACCUCAGUCACGACCUCCACCUCCACCUUCCACUCUUCCACCACGCUGCCCACCUCCUCAGAAACCACGUCCACUUCCACCACCACCACCAGCCCCACGCCAACGCCUCCCACAGCCACUCCCACCGUCACCUCCACCACAUCCACCACCCCCUGUGAACCCGAAGUGUGCACCUGGAGCGAAUGGUUCGACGUCGACUUCCCCUCCGCCGGGCCCAACCAGGGAGACUUCGAAACCUACCAGCACAUCCGGGCUGCCGGGAAGCACGUCUGCCAGCGUCCAAAGGAGAUCGAGUGCCGGGCGGAGGACUACCCCGACGUUCCCGUCCAGCAGGUGGGGCAGGUCGUGCAGUGCGACGUCCACUAUGGACUGGUGUGCAAGAACGAGGACCAGACUGGAAAAUUCAAGAUGUGCCUCAACUACAGGAUACGCGUCCUCUGCUGCACCCCCAACUACAACUGCGUAAGCCCCACCACCAGCCCCACCACCAUCACCAGGCCCACGGCAAGCAGCACGCUCCCAACCUCCACCUCAGUCACGACCUCCACCUCCACCUUCCACUCUUCCACCACGCUGCCCACCUCCUCAGAAACCACGUCCACUUCCACCACCAUCACCAGCCCCACGCCAACGCCUCCCACAGCCACUCCCACCGUCACCUCCACCACAUCCACCACCCCCUGUGAACCUGAAGUGUGCACCUGGAGCGAAUGGUUCGACGUCGACUUCCCCUCCACCGGGCCCAACCAGGGAGACUUCGAAACCUACCAGCACAUCCGGGCCGCCGGGAAGCACGUCUGCCAGCGUCCAAAGGAGAUCGAGUGCCGGGCGGAGGACUACCCCGACGUUCCCGUCCAGCAGGUGGGGCAGGUCGUGCAGUGCGACGUCCACUAUGGACUGGUGUGCAAGAACGAGGACCAGACUGGAAAAUUCAAGAUGUGCCUCAACUACAGGAUACGCGUCCUCUGCUGCACCCCCAACUACAACUGCGAAAGCCCCACCACCAGCCCCACCACCACCAGUACCAGAAGCGAACCUUUCUGGACCAGGACUCCAUCUCCGAUUUUAACAACGCCAUGUUUCUGCAAGAUUGGCGACUCUAUUUUUUCCCCUGGUGAUCUGAUUUACAACAGAAUGGAUAGUGAUGGAUGUAGAUUUUAUGCAAUCUGUAGCCCAGUAUGUACUGUUGAGCGACACAGUGUACCUUGUAAUGUCACUACUCCUUUAUCCACUACUUCCUCUGAGUGGUCUACCACAACAACAUCAAUUCCUCUGUCAACCACUACGAAAAGUUCUCAUUUUCACGGCUGUGUUUCUAAUACAUACCCUCUCCUACAGCCUGGAGAACAUUACAAAUUAUCCAACUGUACAGAAGUCAUCUGUAAAGGAGACAAUGAUAUAGACAUAGUACCAACAUACUGCCCACCUGUAAAGGAAAUUACCUGUGCAAACAAAUAUCCUCCAGUCCUAGUACCUGAUGAAAAUGGCUGCUGUUACCGAUAUGAGUGUCAAUGUGUGUGUAGUGGAUGGGGUGACCCUCAUUACAUCACAUUUGAUGGAAUCUACUAUACUUUCCUUGAAAACUGCACUUACGUCCUGGUGAAACAGAUUAUUCCUAAAUAUGACAACUUCCGUGUUUACAUCGACAAUUAUUACUGCGAUGCAAGAGAUGGACUCUCCUGCCCUAAAUCCAUUCUUAUUUUCUACAAAUCUGCAGAAGUGGUGUUGACUCGGGAACUCAUGAAUGGUGUCAUGACCAAUGUGAUGUACUUCAACAAAAAGAUUGUCAAACCAGGCUUCGAAAAAGACGGCAUUUCUUUCUCCACUCUUGGCAUCAAUAUGAUUGUUGAAAUAAAAGAGAUUGGUGCAACUAUCACCUUUAGUGGUCUAAUCUUCUCUGUGAAACUCCCAUACAGCAAAUUUGGCAACAACACUGAAGGACAGUGUGGAACAUGUACAAAUAACAAAGCAGAUGAAUGCCGUUUACCAAGCGGUAAGAUCAUUUCUUCCUGUCCCCAAAUGGCUCAUCACUGGAUUGUUGAUGACAACAAGACGUGUCAUGGAGUACCAAUAGUACCAACUAUAACCACACCUCCACCAAAGCCUCAUUGUGAAACACCUCCUCUCUGCAAGCUUAUCUUGAGCGAGAUUUUUGCAGAAUGUCAUGCUGUGAUACCACCAGAACCAUUUUUCAAAGGCUGUGUUUUCGAUGGAUGUCGCAUAGAUGAUGAAUCCAUGCAGUGUUCCAGUUUGGAGAUAUAUGCUACAGAGUGUGCGUCUAGAGGUGUCUGCAUUGACUGGAGAGGAAAGACCAACAAUACAUGCUCAUUCAGCUGUCCAGCAAGCUUGGUAUACAAGCCAUGUGGGCCCAUUAAUCCUGAUACCUGUGAUCAAAGCUCUGUUGAGCAUCCUGGCUUUGGAAUAACUGAAGGCUGUUUCUGUCCUGAAGGAACGACACUCCUGAGUGCAGAGAGCAAUAUCUGUGUCCCUGAAUGUUCUUGCAGGGAACCAAAUGGAGUACCCAGAUGGGUGAGUAUCACAAUCAAUGUGGCUUAA